CUAUGCUACAGCUUCGCCCAAUAUAUAAAAUCUUUAAAAAAAUUCUGAGAAACAUCCGAAAGUCUUCCACCACUUAUAAAAACAUCCCAUAAUCUUCGUGCACUUAUGGAAUCGCGCUUCCAGGAAAACCGAAAGCUCAAAUGAAAACCUCAAAUUUUUUGUCACUACUCUACAUCGAAAUUUCAGGGUUUUACUGAUCAUAUGGCAGAUCAAUAAAUAAACUCCAAACAAAUCAAAUCGCAAUAUUUGUGAUCAGUUUCAGUUUGAUUUGUACAGUACAAUGGGAGAUUAUGCGACUUCUACGCAUCGAGAGCACUGGCUUUUCACUUCCGAAGAUUUGGCUGAAAAAUAUCGAGCUGCAAAUGAACGAGCUGCAACAACACUAAGACAGUAUGGAUCUACAAAAUUAGAAGUUGAACUUGAUGGGUCAGUGGAAUACCCUGGAAAAUCAAUUGCUGCAGGAGAAAAUGGUUUUGUUAGGCAGGCGCAUCUCCCAGAGCCUCUCACUGUUGAUGAAGAGUUACUCUUGCGGAUAUUUUAUGAACAAAAAAUACAAGAAGUCUGUGGAGCUUUUAAAUUUCCACAUAAAAUUCAGGCAACAGCAAUAAUAUACUUCAAACGUUUUUAUUUACGGUGGUCAGUAAUGGAGCAUGAUCCUAAGCAUAUUAUGCUAACUUGUAUAUACACUUCUUGCAAAGUGGAGGAGUUCCACGUUUCAGCAGAGGAGCUUGGCAAGGGCAUUCAACAAGAUCAUCAAGUCAUCUUGAGAAAUGAAAUGCUUGUUCUUCAGAGCCUGGGAUUUGAUCUCAUUGUCUAUUCACCAUAUCGCUCUAUUGAUGGAUUUGCAGAUGAUAUUGAGAAUUUUUUCCAACCAAAACAAGAUUCUUUACAGAAGCUGAAGGAACAUAGAGAAGCUGCUAAAUUUGAUGUAGACAAGAACAUGUUAACUGAUGCACCUCUCAUUUUUCCUCCAGGACAGCUAGCAUUGGCUGCUUUACGGAGAGUUAAUAAAGAAUAUGCGGCAUUUGAUUUUGACAGGUAUCUGAAGCGUAUAUGUAGCCGGCAGAAUAACACUUAUACUGAACAUGAAUUCAUCAGUAUUCUUAAUGACAUUGAUGUUGUGGUGGGCAGGACUCCCAUAGCAAAAGAUAUGAAACAUGUUGACAGAAAGCUUAAGCAUUGUCGGAAUUCAGGGCUUCAAGACGAGAAUAAGAAACGUGAGAAGAAAAAACAUAAGUCAAAACGAGCUCCAAGUGAUAUGCAAGCAGCAACUGUGUUGUCAUAAACAACUUGUUUAGGAUCCUUGAUGGAGUAUAAUUUUGCUUGGUGCCCUUGAGGAACUUAUCUCAUAAUAACUUCAAUUCAAUGGGCAUCUGUGAUGGUUCAUCACUUUGAUAGCCUUGAAUGAGUGUAAUGACUUGAACUUGAGGCACAUAACUGUUUUGUUUGACCCAACACUAAUCCAGGCAGGGGGCAUUGCAUCAUUCGAAAUGGUGGUUAUUUUUGAGCAUCCUGUGACUGCAACUGCUAUACAUGUAAGUUUCUUGUUUAAUAUGAGAGGAGUUCUUUGCCUACAAAAUAUGAAGUGAAUGUACAUACACAUUUGAGGAGUGUCCAAUUAUGUUAUAGAAUUCAAAUAGUUUUUAUCUUGGGGUCACUGAGAAAAAUAGAAAUCUUACAUUCUUGAAGUUUUAAUAUAUUUCAGACAUUUCGCUCACCUCUAAGUGGGGGAACCUUAUUUAAGGAUUAUAAGUCCCUUGCAUAAGUUAUUAAUUUUCAGCAAGAGGGAAAGUGGAAAUGGAUCAAAAUAAAAUAGAAAGUUACAAACUUAGAUAGGUAAAA